AUGCUCAAUUUUUACCGUUAUCCAGGGGAUGCUGUUAUCCACAAACUGUGGCUCAUUCUCGUCCAGUCUGCUGUCAAUUUCCGGUUGAUUUUAUUUGGUGUAUUUCGGCCACUGGAUCGAUUUCUUAACACUAUGGAAUCGGAUAGGUUUAUUUCACCAAAGAUUCAUGCGUUGCAUGAGAAGCAGUCAUACACAAAGGACAACGGGGCUUCCAGUGCAACCUAUGAAAGCAAAACGGGUACCACUAGAAGCCCUGUGAUCCGAUUGUUUGAUGACACUGAUUACGUCACACCUCUCACAGGUCUCAUGUCUAGCGGUCGCGUUCUCAUGGCACUGUUUUGA